AGUUUUUAAGUAUUAUGCAAUCAAACUUAUCCAGGCACUUUUGCAAUAAUCAGUUUGCUGGAAAACAAGAUAAUAUCAUAGAAGAGUCUAAGGGGGCUUGUUGGUCUCAACUGGUCUUCUAACCUAUCAGGAUGAUCUGUUGGCUGGUUUUAGUAAGGUUUCAGGCUCUUUUGACCUGGUCAGUCUGAGAAACCAGCUCAAGCCAGCUAAGACAAACAAAUAAACUAUUAGGUUGAUUUAAUGAGGGUACAAGAAGAAUUCAAUAUAAAACAUAAUUCAACACAAGAUCAUGACAUUGCACAAUAGUUUGUUCUGCAACAUUUUAAGCUAUUCUGUGUCUUCACACAACUCCUAUACAUGCACAUCAGUUUUUUGUACACAGCUGACUGCAUUUAUAUAAAGAUAAAUUAUAAUACAUAAAUAUUUAAUCUUAAUGCUUAAUCUAAAUGCAUAUUUGGUUUUGUAAACAAAUGUAAUAUAAAUGUCAUUAUUUCUUUCCAAACUUCUAUUUAAUCACUGGCUUAGUUUCACUUGCUAUAGUUCUCAGAACCACACGGUGGCGAUGUGUAUCCGCUCACUCUCGCAGUCGCUCUGUGGUCACGCCCACCUUUCUACCUCUCCGCCAAUCAGAGAGCACGUUUUCAUGUCGCAGAACGCUUGCUAACGGAAGUAGCAGUGGCACCACAGUUGACACAAACAACCCUUAGUCUUUAUAAAUAAGAUGGAGGUGGAUCAGCUGCUGUCUCUCUCAGGUUCAGCUCUGGCUCAGGCCAUCAGCUCUCUGCUGGAAACCCCAGGCCUCUAUGUUUUCUCAGACAUACUAGAACUGCCCAACGUCCGCGAGCUGGAGACGGGUCCCCACGCUCCAGUCUACCAGCUUCUAAAUCUUUUUGCGUAUGGAACCUACUGCGACUAUAAAGAGAGGGCAGCCUCACUUCCUGAACUCACACCCGCCCAGAAGAACAAACUGCGUCACCUGUCAAUCAUCAGCCUGGCCUCCAAUCUAAAGUGUCUGCCGUAUUCACUACUGCUCCAGCAGUUAGAGCUGAAGAAUGUGCGUGAGCUGGAAGACCUGCUGAUCGAGGCUGUUUACAGUGACAUUAUCCAUGGGAAACUGGACCAGAGGAACCAGCAGGUCGAGGUAGACUGCAGCAUAGGUCGCGACCUGGGCCCCAACGAAUUACCUAACAUUGUCAACACACUGCAGGAGUGGUGUGCAGGCUGUGAAGCAGUUCUGUGUGGCAUUGAGGAGCAGGUGUCAAGAGCCAAUCAGUAUAGAGAGAGCCAGCUCAAGGUCAAAGUUCAAGUGGAAACAGAGGUAUCCAACUUACAAAAAACCCUCAAGGCAAGUUCUGCUUCCCCAUCAUCUGGCCCCGCCCCUGCUGGAGCAGCAUCCAAUCAAGAUGCAGACCAGCCCGCUGAGCCAAGAGACCCCGCCUCCUCUCAGGAACCACGACAACCAGGAAAAAAGAGCUCAAAGGUCAAAGGGCUUCGUGGAAGCGGAAAGAUUUGGUCAAAGUCAAAUUGAUCUGAAGCCCUGAGUUCAGUCUUCAGUUACCCACUCACAGACAAAUAUUUUGUGGACUGCUUGCUUGGAUAGACGGAUAAAUAAACCUUUUACCACUUCUCAGACACAACCAACCAUCAUAAUCUAAUACAACUUUUACACAACGCUGGAUGCGUGUUUAUGUACGUGUGUGUGUGCUGUAACUGUCAUUUAAUUAUUUUCCUUGCGUGUUUGUUUUUUGUUUGUUAUUAAAUCUGGAUGUAAAUUGAUGAAGCCAAUGAAUAAAUGAUAUCCAUCUGUCA